GUCCGCUACCCUCUUGCCUUUCACCAAUCUUAGGGAGGCAGUCUCUAUCAAUUCGCAUCCUUACACCUUCGACUGAAUCCAUAUCAACAUGUCUACUGCUCAGGAUCAGAACGCUAUCAAUGCCGAUGGCUACGCCGGCAUGAAGGAGACCAACGGUGUCAAUGGUUACGACCACGCGCCGAUCAACAAUGGAGUCCCUCUCAAGCAGCGCAAGCCCUACGACUAUGGCGGCAAUCCUCUUGCUCACAUCAACACUGGCGAGUCUGUCCGCCUUCCUGCCUUCGGUGGUGAAUUCCAACCCGGUCUUUACAAGCCCAUCAACGACCGCAAGUUUGCCAACCCUGCUCCCCUCGGUCUCAGCGCCUUCGCCUUGACCACCUUUGUCCUUUCUCUCAUCAACCUUGGUACCCGCGGUAUCGCUGAGCCCAACAUCGUUGUUGGUGCUGCUUUCGCAUACGGUGGUCUCGUCCAGCUCCUUGCCGGCAUGUGGGAAAUGGCUGUUGGAAACACUUUCGGUGCUACUGCUCUCUCUUCGUAUGGUGGAUUCUGGAUUGGAACUGCCAUUAUUCUGACUCCUGGUGGCUUCGAAAUCGCAAGCGCAUAUGAGGGUACUCAGUUCGACGACGUCUUUGGCUUCUAUCUGAUGGGCUGGUUUAUCUUCACCUUCAUCCUGCUCAUCUGCACGCUCCGUUCGACUGUCGCCUUCUUCUUCCUCUUCUUCACACUCGAUCUCGCAUUCCUCAUGCUUGGUAUCUCAUACCUCCAGCAUGGCAACAUCGCCUGUCUUAGAGCUGGUGGUGCCUUCGGUAUUCUCGCCGCCUUCGCCGCUUGGUACAACGCUCUUGCCGGUAUUGCCGACAGCAGCAACUCGUUCUUCAUCAUUCCUGUCGCCCACUUCCCCUGGUCUGACAAGGGUCGCGAGAGACGCGAGAAGGUCGACAACUCUGAGGCUCGUGCUGCUCAGGAGGUUUAAAUGACAACUUUGACGAAUCUUGUUAUGGGUAGUUCGAGCUCACAUCACUGAGAGUGAUACCAUGAUCUCGGAAUCAGGAUGACUACUUUUCGUAUGUUUUUGUUAUUACUUGCAGGAUACCCAGGCUUCACGAAGGAUUGAGGGAGCCUCUCAAUAGGAUGAUCCCAGACGGGUCUUUUCAUUACCAUCAUCUCAAUUACACUUUUUAAUAAUUCAUUUCAACGUCCAC